AGUUGACAAAUGGGGAAAAGGAAGUCAAGGGCUAAGCCCCCGAAGAAGCGAAUGGACAAGCUUGAUACUGUCUUCAGCUGCCCCUUCUGCAACCAUGGAACAAGUGUUGAAUGCCGAAUUGAUAUGAAGAACUUGAUUGGUGAGGCUUCUUGUGGGAUUUGCCAAGAGAGUUUCAGCACCACCGUAACAGCUUUAACUGAACCCAUAGACAUCUAUAGUGAAUGGAUUGACGAAUGUGAGCGGGUCAACAGCCUCGAAGAUGAUGGUGCUUAGGAAGCUGCUUAGAUGUUCGUAAUUCUGGUUCUCUUCUGGACGGGGAGAGCAAAACCAGAGAAUAAUAAUGUGUGAUUAUUGUGUUAGCAUGCAUUGAGAGAACCUUGUUGGUGAUGGGGUUGUAUUCCUGACUCCCUUAUAUGGGAGAGAUCUAUUGCACUUACUAUGCUUUUUCAGAUGACGUUGGUAAUAUAUGAGCUUUGCAACGUGGUUUGUGGUUAUAAA